CUUAAUUAAACCUUGCCUGGCAGUUUCGUGAAAAAAAAGGUUGUCUGGGACGUGCUCUCUACGAGGGGAAAAAAAAAGGGUUGUACCUCAACAGACUGGCCUUGGCAUCCGUAUUACCCUGGCUUUCAUGGACUCGCUCAAGACUCCCGGGCUUUAGAGCAGGACUUGCGAAUGCUAUCCUAGUCCAGUAGCCUUUACCAUGUAGGACAUUGAGGGACAAGGCCUGUCAUUUUUCUCGUCUGAACUUGAGAAGUUGACUUCUGGAAGUUUCCUGCUAGCUUUCUUCCUGAUGGAUGACCUAGCGGCCAUGCCAAUGGCAGGGGAACCUUUCCUCCUGUCAGUGCAGCGCGUCGUCAAUGAUCCCGUAUAGCGGAUUCCAGCAAAACGGAAUCGAGGCUCCCUUCUUGGAAGAGACUCGGGGAUCUUCGGCCAAACUGGUCUAGUCGCCCAGUCAGGCUGGCUGCAUGUAGUACCCACCAUUGUCAAAGUAUUAAGCAUACCCACAUCCAUCACACGCAAAUGGUGCUCUGCCAGCAAGCAAUGCGUAUAUAUAUCCCGUCACUCAUCCCUCCCUUAUUGACCCGAUGUGCUUCUGGUCUUCGUCAGCUGCCUUCUCAGACACUCGCCCAUCAUCCUUCGUUGUUACACGUUUCGCCUCUUAACUGAGGUUUGAUACCACUUCAACUACCCUCAUUUGUUUACCCACACAGCUUCACCCCUUGUGUAAACCCCCAAGCGCUUAAAGAGGGUAACACACAAUGAAAGCCUCCGUUCUCUCGGCUUUCUCGGCCAUUUUGCUGGCGAAAGCCAGUAUGCAGGCCCAAACUAUAAGAAUGGAACUGCCGCCCCUAGACCCAAGCUUCCCACGGCUAGAUUUCUCCGGGCUCGAAGUGCCAUUGGAUCUGCGAGAAGGCGUGGCGCUUGAUGCUGAGGCACGCAAAGAGACACCCAAGGUAGAGCUAAAGGAUGGGUCUAUACUCACGGGCUCAGUUCUUGCCAAUGUCGAGUCUUUCAAGGGCAUCCCCUUCGCGGAACCCCCACUCGGCGACUUGCGCAUGAGGCCUCCCGUGCCAUUAAAAAAGCCCCUCGGCAAAUUCGACGCUUCAUCGCGCGUCUCGACACAAUGCCCACAGGUUGUAGCAUCACCCCAGAGUGGCGGUGUGUUGACGCAGCUCAUUGGAACACUGCUCAGCAAGGGGCUUUUACAGACAAUCAUAUUCGCAGGCGAGGACUGCUUGAACAUUAACGUGCAGAGGCCUAAAGGUGUCAAAGCUGGUGAUAAAUUGCCUGUGCUUUUCUGGAUAUAUGGCGGUGCUUUCGAGGCUGGUAGCAACGCCAUGUACUCUGGCACACCGAUCCUUGAGAGGGCCAUGAAGCAAGGCCAGCCCUUCGUUUUUGUGGCGGUCAACUACCGCACAGGAGGCUUUGGUUUUAUGCCUGGCGCGGAGAUUUUGGCUGAGGGCUCUGCAAACGCUGGUCUGCUGGACCAGCGCUUGGGCUUGGAGUGGGUUGCCGACAACAUCGAGGCGUUCGGCGGCGAUCCCGAAAAGGUCACCAUCUGGGGCGAGUCUGCUGGCGCCAUCUCGGUGUUUGACCAUAUGGCCCUGUACGAUGGUAACGCUACCUACAAGGGCAAGCCGCUCUUCCGCGGUGCCAUCAUGAACUCUGGCAGCAUCAUCCCUGCUGAUCCGGUAGAUUGCCCCAAAGGCAAGGAGGUCUACAACCAAGUGGUCAAGGCGGGUGAUUGCUCGGGCCAGGCCGACACGCUUAAAUGUCUCCGCGCCCUCCCCUACGAGAAAUUCCUCAAGGCAGUCACCGCGCCCCCGGGAUUCCUGGGCUACAACUCAGUAGCCUUGUCAUACCUCCCCAGGCCUGACGGCAAGGUUCUUACAGCCAGCCCUGACGUUCUACUCCUUGGGAAGCGAUAUUACCCCGUGCCUAUGAUCAUCGGCGACCAGGAGGAUGAGGGAACGCUUCUCUCACUCUUCCAGAGAAACAUCACUACUCCCGAGUUGUUGCUCAACUAUAUCAAGGAGCUCUACUUCCCAGCAACCAAUGUCAGCAAGAUCCAGGCUCUGUUAGACACAUACCCCAACGACCCAAGCGCGGGCUCGCCCUUUCGCACCGGUACAAAUAACCAGUUUUACCCUCAGUUCAAGCGCCUUGCAGCCAUCCUGGGCGACAUCACCUUCAAUCUGCCGCGCCGGUUGAUGCUCUUCGCCAGCUCGACUCUGAACCCGGACGUCCCCUCAUGGUCGUACCUUUCCAGCUAUGACUACGGUACCCCCAUCCUGGGAACGUUCCACGGCAGUGAUCUCUUGCAAAUCUUCUACGGAAUUUUGCCCAAUUACGCGAGCAGAACCACCGUCUCCUAUUACACGAACUUCAUUUACAACCUUGACCCCAACGUCGGCAUCAAGGACGUAAUGUACUGGCCCCAGUGGAGUAAGGACCAGGAUCUGAUGAACUUUUUUGCCAACAAUGCCAAGUUGAUUCCGGACAACUUUAGAAACGAGAGCUACAACUACCUGCUGGCCAAUUUCCUCAGCUUUUACAUUUAGGCAGAAAAGAAAAACUGGGGGCAGGGAAGUUGUUAUUGCAUCUUGGAUAUUGCCUGCGGGGUGGAGUUUUUUGCUCAAAAGACUAUUUUUUUUCCCUCCCUUUUCAUACUGUGGCAUCUCAUUGAUACCCAGUCAAUUUUGUGGUCAGCCUCACCAGGAAGUGACGGCUCUAAUUACAUUGCCUUUUUUUUUCUUUUUCUUUUUUUUUUCCACUGUAUAUACUGGGCGGGCACAUAGUUCAUGGUUGCAUUUAGGCAUUGUGAGGA